CUUGUCUUUCGGGCAUAACUCUACAGCUUCCCAUCGUAUUUCUCUUGCCAUGGCAGCGCUGCCUACUCCUGAAGCGCUCACGCUCGCCGCCAACGUUUUCCAUGCCGACAUCGACGCUUGGCUCCCGCCGUCGUUUGGAGUGACGCGCACAGCGGAGGAGAAGGAGGCCGAGUGGGCGGCGGCACGAUCCUUCGCGGCGCUCAGAGGCUCGGACAGGCUAGGACUCGGGCAUCCCGACAUGGAUGACCCCGAGGCGCGCCGCGCCGCGCAGGUCUCACGAGCCGGCGGCGACAUCUUGAAGCGGACGCUGAAGCGGAAGAGCGAGGGCGAGGACGAGAGCAGCGCGCCCGCCACACAGGCGUCAAGAGGAGACGACGACGAGUCGCGCACAAAGGCUGUGUCGAGCAAGAAGCGCAAGACGGCGGACGCAUUCAAGUCCAAGGGCAAGAAGGAGGCCGUCCACCCUCUGCUAAACCUCAAGAACCCGAUCCCAGGCUACGACGCACCCGCCGAAACGAAGCAAGCGCCGAAGGUGAAGAAGACCAAGGUGGUCGGCGAGAGCGUGAAUGCCGCGGCGGCGCUCGCGGCGAGCCUCAACACGGGGAGUGCAACAAUGCGUGUUGUGACAAAGGGGUCUGUACCAGCCGCACCCAAGCUGGCCGCCCCAACCUCGCCAAAGGCCUCGAAGACUGCCUCGGUUCCAGCGUCCCCCGAGGCUUCUAAAGCAGACUCCGCACUUCACUCGCCCAAGCAUGCCAAGCUGUCGACUCCCGGCUCGCCGUCCGCGAAGAAGGUGCCGCCAGUCACUGGGUCAAUAGUCGCAUCUGAGGCUGGCGAGGGGACGUUCACGAGCGCGCAGCCCAUGAGCAAGGCGGCCUUGAGGCGGGCAAAGCGCAAGGCUGCCAAGGUGCGCAAGUCGCUCUAGGCGUGGUUUCCUCUAGCUCCCAACACCCCCAUAUUCCCAGCUUCGUCCAACACCACGUCGCGCCGUCAUGUCUGACACAUCAUCGCGUUACCCCGCAGGUACGACACCGUCCUUGGCUUCUCCUCACCACCACACAUUCGCAUUCUACCUACCCCCUGGCAUCGCCAUUGCAUCAUCAUACACCCACUCACUCGUCGCCUGUAGCAAUACAUCAUGCAAUGGUAUACUAGCA